AUGCUGGAGCUGGACCACCCAGCCCAUCACAGGGUUCAGUGGCUCUUACUCCUAUGGUUGGCCACUUGUUGGCACCGAGGCUCGGCUGGCGAUGGCAGACAGAUGUGGCAGAACCCCAAGCCGGUCCCUAUUACUCUAGAAGAGUCUUUUUGUCAUGAUACUUUUCCUUCAGGAUUCCUUUGGGGGUCUGGGACGUCUGCCUUCCAGACUGAAGGAUCACAGGAUGGAAAGGCACCAUCCAUAUGGGAUAACUUCACCCAGUCAGAGACCGCCGAUGUAGCAAGCGACAGCUAUGCUCGGUGGGAAGAAGAUGUGCAGGAGCUGGAGUAUCUUGGGGUGAAGUCAUACACGUUUUCACUCUCCUGGCCUAGACUGUUCCUGGAUGGGAUUCAUCCCAAUGAGCGUGCUGUGGAGCACUACAACCGCCUCAUAAACAAGCUGGUGGAAAAGCGGAUUGAGCCCGUUGUUACCGUCCAUCAUUGGGAUCUGCCACUGGUCCUGCAGAAGGAACACGGAGGCUGGAAAAAUGGCACGCUCAUUCCAUUGUUUGAGGACUACGCCACAUUUUGUUUCCGCACAUUUGGGGACCGUGUCAAGUACUGGCUGACCAUGCAUAACCCAUACCUGGUGGCCGUCCAGGGGUACGGUACAGGGGUGCACGCCCCUGGAGAAAGAGGGGGGCUCGCUGGCUCUCUGACGGUGGCCCACAAUCUGAUCAGGGCACAUGCCAAGGCCUGGCACGCCUAUAACACCCACUUCCGUCCAGCGCAGAGGGGUAAAGUGUCCAUUGUCUUGGGCUCCCAUUGGGUCGAGCCUCAAAAAGGCCAGUCCACAGCCGCCAAUGUUGAGCUCUGUCAACAAUCAAUGGAGGCUGUGCUGGGUUGGUUCGCCAAUCCCAUCUUCGGUGACGGAGACUACCCAGCCUCCCUAAAAACCCGGCAUGGGUCCCUACUGCCCACGUUCUCGGCACAGGAGAAGCUGUGGGUGCAGAAGACGGCCGACUUCUUUGCGCUGUCCUUUGGCCCGAACAACCUCCGACUGGGGAGAGACCUGCCCCACUAUGGCCAGGCCGUGACACCGGAUAUGAGGAGCGUCCUGGGCUGGAUAAAGCUAGAGUACGAUGACCCACAAGUGCUGGUGGCCGAGGGCGGAUGGUUCUCUGAAGCCAGUGUGGGUAGAGAGGACACGGUCGCCAUUUACUUAAUGAAGAGAUUCAUCAAUCAGGUAGUACAAGCUGCCAGGCUGGACGGUGUGCGGUUGCUAGGCUACACCGCAUGGUCGCUGGUAGACGGCUUUGAAUGGAAUUACGGCUACUCGGUCCGCCGGGGCCUUUUCUACGUCGACUUCAGUCACUCUGACAGAAAGAGGACGCCCAAAACCACAGCUCAGUACUACAAACAUGUUAUUGCUGACAACGGUUUCCCCAGAUUGGAGACACCUGUAGAGGUCAAGGGUCGUUUCCCCUGCGACUUUCACUGGGGCGUCGCUGACUCCACCUUGCAGGCCCGCUUCUACCCUUUCUCCCCCCAGUUUAUAGAUCCUCAUGUGUACAGUUGGAACUGGACAGGAGACGGAUCGUUGCAUCCGAUCCCAGGAGAGGAGCUUCCUACUAAUCGAUCCCAGUGCACUGAUUAUCUGACCAUUCGUAGCCACCUUCACCUGUUCGCAUCGACUGGAGCAUCGCAUUAUCGCUUUGCUCUAAACUGGUCUCUGAUACUACCACAUGGAGACCUCUCUCAAGUAAAUACGGAGGCGCUGAGAUACUACCGCUGUGUCCUUACCGAGCUCAAGAAACUGGACCUGGAGGCUCUGGUCAUCCUUUACUACCCCACGCACAAAGCUCCACUGGGCCUGCCUGGUCCGCUGCAUGCCUCUGGAGGUUGGCUCAACCCCAGCACAGUGGAUGCCUUCCUGGAAUAUGCAGCACUGUGCUACCGGGAGCUGGGCACCUUUGUGCGGUACUGGAUCACCAUCAAUGAGCCCAACAGGCUGACAGAUAUUUACUCCGACAGGAAGGAGCAGCACCAGGCUGCCCGUAACCUCCUUUUGGCUCACGCGAGAGCCUGGAGGCUCCACGACAGGAAGUUCUCUCAUCGCGACGGGGCUUCGGUGUCGCUGGCGCUUCAUGCCGACUGGGCCGAACCUGCAAACCCCUUUUUGUCGUCACACACGGCAGCGGUGGAGAGAUUCCUUCUUUUUGAACUGGGUCGCUUCCUCGACCCGCUGCUGAGGACUCCGCUUGAAAUGAAGACCGACCUGAAGGAGAGGGCCCGAGUAACGACCCAUCAAAGAUCACCUCUGCCUACUUUCACUCAGACCGAGAGAGAGGAACUGAAAGGUGCUUUAGGUUUCAUCGCACUGAAUCACUUUACCACUCGUCUGGUCUCUCCUGGUCCUCCUAGUUCGCACCAAAAACAUCAUGACUGUCUAACUCUUUCUGACCCCACCUGGCCCUCCUCCGGUCUGGGCCAAGCUCUCGUCCCUUGGGGCCUGCGAAAAGUCCUGAAGUGGGUGACAGAGCGAUACGGGCGCACUCAGCCGAUCAUUAUCACCGCCAGCGGGGUCGAUGACCAGGCUCCAGUGGAGGACAACAUGAGGCAACACUAUCUCCAAAGUUACCUACAAGAGGCUCUCAAAGCCCGUCGCUUGGAUGGUGUCAACCUGCAGGGCUUCUAUGUGUGGAAGCUGCAGGAUGGUCAUGUUCCCCAAUAUGGUCUUUUCACCUCAACUCACCGCCAAUCCAAAGCAAAGGCCUCCAUUGAUGUCUACAGACAAAUCAUCACUCACGGCGGUUUCCCUGAAGACGGCACCUUGCGCACCUGUGGGACCAAGGGGGCGUGGCCAGUGUGCUCCCUGUGUGUGUGGAUGACAAAGAACAAGGCCCUGACGGUUUUUGGCUGCUGCCUCCUGCUUUUAGCUGUCCUCUUUACUGCACUGUUCUUCUCCGUCGUGGUCACUAGGAGAAGAUACACAACGGGUCGGAUGAGAGAGGUGAGCGUCGUGAGGAGGAGAAGAGGAGGGCGUCCGUCGGUGUUCUCAUGAAGGCCUCUUAUCUAAAUGCUAAACACUCAUUGUAUCACAUUGUGUUCGUGCACAAGGGACUUUAAAGAGUUGUGUCUCUAUCAGAGAGAGCAUGGCCAACUCGGUUGGUAGCAAACAUGGCGCCCUGUAGUCACGUGAGGUUUUUUUUUGCCCAAUCAUUUAGGUCAGGGGUGUCAAACUCACUUUAGCUCAGGGGCCACAUAAAGUCAAAUCUAUUCCCACGCGGGCCGGACUCGUACAUUCAUGGCAUUAAAACUAAAAUAAAGUAAAAAUAAAGACAACUUUAGAUUGUUUGUCCUACUUUGGCCCAAAAUAGAACAAGCACAUUCUGAAAAUGUACACUGCAAAAAGUGAAAUCUAAGUAAGAUGAAAUAUGUCAA